GCUGUGACUCCGCUGGGUCGGAAUUCAAAGUCGGGUGACCCCGGAGAGUUCCGGUGUCUCGCGGCCAUGAUGACAAACCCUGCGUGACGAGAACAACUGCGAGAAAGCAUGGACACCUCGUCUCUGCGCGACUCGACGGACACGACCGACUCGGAGGACCGCAAUGGACUAACCGACGACAGCAGUUGCGACGAGCCCUGCUCGCCGCCCCCGUGUUCGGGUUACGGCCGUGUCUCCUCUUCGACCUCGGGAUCCUCCUCGUCGCACCGCAGGCCCCGCAAGGCCACGCGGCGCAUGUUCACCAACAGGUAUGCACACGACCGCGAGCGAUGGCGACAACAGAACGUGAACGGCGCGUUCGCCGACCUGCGCCGCCUGGUGCCCACCCACCCGCCGGACAAGAAGCUCAGCAAGAACGAGAUCCUGCGCCUGGCCAUCCGCUACAUCCGGCUGCUCAGCUCGAUACUGGACUACCAGCGACGCCGAGACCAGCAGCUGUGCUGCCCUGCCACCGGAGGCGUCAGCAACGGCGUGCACGGCCGAGACGCCAACCUGCUCCUGUUGUGCUCAGUGCGCGUGAAGCAGGAACCGCCGGACGAGGCGGCCAACGGACCCACGCCGCCCAGCUCGCCGGCGUCCAGUCUGAGCAGCAUGGCCGAGCCGUGAAUAGCCCCCUCUCCCUCGGGAGAGCGAACGAUAUGCGUGUACAGUUCGUUGCGUCGCGACUUACUAGGAGUGUACACACGUGUAGCGACGUGUGAUACUCGUAUGAAAUACUUUUCUAUACAGUAAACUCUCGUUGUAACGAAGUAAUCUGGACGAAAAGAUGACUUCGUUAUAGGCAGUAUUUCAGGUAAAAGCGAAUGAGCUGAAGGAGAGUGAAACGUGAGAAAACGAAAGGGCUCGAAUAAAGCGAUUUCGUUAUAACGAGAGCUUACUGUAUAAACCUCGAUAGUGACAUUGUAAAACUGUUCCAACUUCCAGACAAUUUCCUUGUAGUAUGCAUACGAGCAAAUGUGCGGCAAAAUGAGCUCGUGAAAAUCUACCUACCGUCAUAUACCCUCUUUAGUAAAGUGGUCGGCCUGUAACAGACGCCGCCAACCACAAAUUCGUUAUGGAACGUACGUACACGCCGGAAGAAUAUGAACCAGAGCGUAGCAGAUUCGGAAGAAUGACGCAGUACUGCUUCCGGUGUGAUUAUUGGCCUCACUAGGUGUUCUCAAAUGACAGGCCCGUACGGUGCCCGUAUUGCUGUCACGGUAGGAGCCGGGGUUCCCGGCCUGCAUCAACGCUUUGAUGCGAUGACGUCAGUGCAAUAGGGCGUUUCAUGUAUCGUAGUUAGUUACGGAUAGCUUAGGUGCCAUACAGCACAUGGAAGUUCUUCACCGAACUCCCCUCCAUUAUUCCUUCCCAUUCCUGUGAAAUGCACGGAUAAUUCAGAUAAAUAUGUAAUAGCAUACGUCAAGAAAUAUUUUGGUGGGUCACAUACAGCGGGAACAAUACGUACCAUCAUCACUGCAACGUACUUUAGCCGAACUAUGCUUGCUCUAAUCAAACAAGAUCUCUACAUUGCAGUAACUUCAUCUGUAUGCGGCGUUUUUACGGGAAUUAUUGCGGCGCAUCUUAAGAAAGAGAAAAGAAACGAAAACUGUCCCUGCGUAAGCUGGCUUUUCCGCCGUGCGAUGCUGCAUGAGAAGAAGCCCACUUUAAUAAUUUUGAAUAAGGCUACAGUUAGCAAGCUUCGCUACGGGUAAAAAAAAAAAAAAAAGAAACACGAUAAAUGAACGAAGGUGCAUCAGUGAGAGGUCAAACCUUGAGUCUGUCGGUUUCGCGAAUGCCGCGUACAAACAAACUGCUCAUUCGCACUGCUCGAUAGACUACAUUCGCUAAGAGAAUCGAAUAAGUGGCGGCGCAUCGUGCAAUAUGCGUCAGCCAACCACAUGCCCGGACGACUUCAGCGCCCCAGUAGCGGAGUAAUUGUGCCACAAAUGCAGUGCAGUGCACGACGCGGGAGAACAGUGCAGGUAAAGGCACGCAAGGCUAUCGCCUAUUGUCGCAGUCGCAGGUUAUUAUCACAGUCGCAGGUUAUUAUCACAGUCGCAGGUCAUUGUCACAGUCGCAAGUUACUGUGACAAACUCCCAUUUGUUUUCGCCUUCUCAUGUAGUCCUAUGAGCGUGUUAAUUUGUGCUUAGGCCCCAACCUUAGCGUAUAUAGCGCGGUAUACGGGCACACAUAUGCGAAUCCCAUGUGUCCCCAGGUGCUGCAGAGCGGCUCUUUAUAGGAGCAAUUUUUAUUUGUUAUUGAGAAAU